AUGGGCAAAAAGUCGAAAUCGGGUGCGGCGAAACAACAAACCAAUGGGACACCGGCGAAUGGAGCGCGAAACGAGACGACGCAAAAUGGGAAUGCCGCCGUCGAGCCGGACGAUGCUCCGCCGGCAGUCGUUGAAGAUGAGAUUGCAUCGAUUCACGCAAAAGUCAAGAUUUAUGAGAACCCGUUUGCCACUCAAGUUUACAACACAAAGGUUGAUCAGUUCUGCGCACAAUGCAUGAGGCCGCCGAUGCCGGGAGGAAAGCUUUUGAAAUGCUCGGGAUGUAACUUCACGAAAUACUGCAGCAAGGAAUGCCAAUCAGCCGCCUGGCUGGUGCACAAACCAGAAUGUCGGCGAUUGAAAGCUAUUUUCCCCAAUCUGCCCCUCAGCGAGGUUUUAUUCCUUUCCAAAAUUAUCGAUCGCAUUCAAUAUAUUAAAAAGAAUGGCGAUCGCGGGAAUUGGGAACAAGCGCGAACAUUUGACAGUCUUUUAGGACAUCAAGAUGAAAUUAAGCAAACCGAAGGGAAAAUGAAGCAUUUCGAAAAGAUUUAUGAGAAAAUGAAGGCGUUCCGAAAAGACGAGAUGAUCAGCAAAGAAGAGAUGUUCGACGUCUUCUGUCGAACUUCAAUCAACUCGGCGAGUAUUCAUACCAACGCUGGAACCGAUAUCGGAAUGACUUUGGAUCUUGCGCUCUCCUGGCACAAUCAUUCCUGCCGGCCGACAUGCUCAAUGGUCUUCGAUGGCUAUCGCAUCUGUUUGAGACCACUCCUCCCAGGAAUUGACACUGACAAUCUUGAGCAAGCAUUCAUUUCUUAUAUCGACAUUGGCCGCAGCAAAUAUGCUAGAAGGAGGGAUUUGAAAUCACGAUGGUACUUUGAUUGCGAAUGUGUGAGGUGUAUGGAUCCCGAAGAUGAUAUUCUGACAUCGAUUCGAUGCAUGAACUCAUCUUGUGAUGAGCCAAUUAUUACCCGCGAAGACGAGGAGCCGAUGAACAUUGAAUGCCGCAAAUGCGGAACGCUGUGUCCGGAGUCUUAUGUGAAAGAGGCUCAAGAUUUCAUGAAGACCGUUCCGGACCGAUUUGAUCCAGAAUGCCCAUCGGAAAUCAUUUCCAAAUAUUUGAAUGAAGCUCAGAAGAUACUCCAUCGUCGCAAUAUCUACGUCACCCGCCUUCGAACCGCCCAUUUCAGUGUGACGGGCUCCCUGACGAUGGAAGCGAUGUCGACGAUGCACGAGCAAAUCUACAACAAUUAUCGAAUGUGCCUUCCAAAAGCCGAUCGACAUUCUGGAUUCCAGUUGUUGCAUAUGAUCAAGACUUUAAUAGAGAAUGACGAAAGAGAAAAGGCUACUGUAUAUGCAUUCGAUGCAAUGAACAUUUUCGAAGUUUGCUUCGGAUUGGAGCAUCCAUACUACCUUCAAACACUGGCUCUGUGGACCUAUUUGAGCAAAAAUAUUCCAAAAACAAAUGAAGAACUCAUCCAGCUGACAUAUUUCACUGAUAAUCGACCGAUUGACAUCGUCUCACUUCUCAAAAAAGCCGACAUGCUUCCAUCGCCGAUCCAGCAGAAAAUCGAAGAAUCCGCCACUGUUAACUAA